AUGUCGAUCACUUCAUAUAUCUUGUCGGGCAUCAGCUCCUUUGUGUUAGUGACAUUGUCGCUUUUUGCUCUGGGACAGAAGGUGCCUCGUGCAACAUUCGCCGCUCGCUGUCUCGCCGCCUAUGGUUCGCUACUCCUGUGCGCGGCAUAUGGUGUUAUCGCCUCGAUCGUCCUCCGCCUCGUUGGCUAUGGCCGUGUCUCUCAAUGGGCUACCGCUCGCAGCUUUAAGUGGGUGAUGCGGUAUACUACCGGUGUGACAUUUGAUAUCAUCGAGGGCGAGGAGUACCUGAGCACCCGCCCGGCUAUCUUCGUUGGCAACCACCAGACCGAGCUGGACGUCCUGAUGCUCGGUGCUAUUUUCCCGCCCUACUGCAGUGUAACGGCAAAGAAGUCCCUGCGCAAUGUGCCUUUCCUGGGCUGGUUCAUGACUCUUUCCCGGACGGUAUUCAUUGACCGUGCCAACCGCGAGAAUGCCAUGAAGGCCUUUGAUGGUGCGGUGAAUGAGAUGCGCAACCAUCGCCAGAGUGUGUUCAUUUUCCCCGAGGGUACACGGAGUUAUUCCGAUGAGCCUAUGCUGCUGCCCUUCAAGAAGGGUGCUUUCCACUUGGCUGUUAAGGCUGGUGUGCCUAUCGUCCCUGUCGUGACUGAGAACUACUCCCAUGUCAUGUCACCUCGCAACUUGCGAUUCAAUGCAGGCUCUAUCAAGGUCAAGGUUCUGCCUCCUAUCAUUACCAAGGACUUGAGUCCUGCCGAUGUGGAUCAGCUGACCCAGUCCACUCGUGACUCGAUGCUCAAGGCCAUUCUGAGCAUGUCCAAGGAGGGCAUCAAGGCUGAGCCUUUGCAGGCGAAUGGUGUAUCGUCCGCUAUUGAGAUUUGA